CAGAGGACUGGUAUGGUUAAAUCCAUCUUAACGCAUUUUGAGGAAGCAAUGUUACGGAUCGGGAACUUACGAAACGGCUAUAGAGCCGACCGCGUGAAUGGGCAGACGUCCACCGAGUUAUGCAGCUUAGACUUUGACCUGGACAACAUUUUCAAACAUGUUCCCAGAUUUCCCGACAUGGAUUUAGUUCACGGGAACAUUUUGGACCUAUGCAGUGAGAUUUCAACACCACUUCUAAGUGAUUAUGAGAAGAUGACAAGCGUGAUGAUAUUUCUGGAACAGACCAUAAGAGAGGAAGAUUAUUACUCUGGUGGGCAAUUUACUCCGGACUUAGGGUCAAUGCAUGACUCGAUCAAACAGGCCAUGUGUCUUUUCCAACGCCUGGAAAACAGAUGUAUCCCAAGUCAGUCAACCCGGAACUCAACAGAUCUUCUCAACAAUUACGAGCAGACGACCGCAGGAAAACGGUAUGAACGUGAUUACCUUCUGGUCAAGGACACACACAUCCUUCUGAAGGGAUUUUGGAUAAAAUAUAACAAAUGUUAUGAAUUAUUUACCAAUUCUUUUUAAUCAAGAGUCUAGAUCCUGGUGUCUGCGCCUGUGAUUCUCGCCAUACAAUAACAACGCAGACCAAAACUUGUAAUACGAUCAGACCACGGCGUUUUUAUAAGACACAAAAAAGACACAAAAAAUAUGUUUGGGGGUAUAAACACUAACCAAACCCUUUAACCUUUGUCAUUUUAUCUCUAACCUUAACCUUACAUUCCCCCUUAAGGCAGAACUCGAGUAUGGUCAAAGAUAGGGUUCCUAACAUCCUAAUUUCGGACGCUCUUUACGAUAAAAUGAACCACAUGUAUACUAACUAUUUAAGUUUUCUUCUAUCUCCACGUUUUCAGACACUAUCGUAAGUUCGGGCCUUACUCGGACUAUAUUCUAGAUCUUAAAUAAUUUACAUGUGCCUGUUUAUACAUUAACUAUUACACUUUUCUUAUUUAUCUUCUGAUACAUUCCAAUUUGUUAAUGAAAUAUGAAUAUUAUUUAAGUUAAGAUCUAUGUUACAUUAUCUCGUCAACCACUCGGAAACCGUCGGCACUUUCCGUAAAUUUAAUUUUC